AUGAAUAAUUUUGGUCCUGGCAGGGGCAAGGAAAAGGAUGCGGAAGCAGCGGCCGCCCCGCCACCGGGUCCGCCAGGGCCUCCGAAGCCGCGCGAACCGCAGUACGGGCCCGAUGGCGAGCUGCUGGGCGGGCCCCACACUAUGCAGCAGCAGGCAGCACAGCGGCGGCUGCAGCAGACACAAGCGCAAGUCGAUGAGGUGGUAGAUAUAAUGAAAACAAAUAUGGACAAAGUCUUGGAGAGGGAUCAUUUGAUAUCGGAUCUCAGCGAAAGAGCUGAGGCUUUAGAGGACGGCGCUUCUGCAUUCAAGAGCCAAGCGGCCAGUCUCAAGAACAAGUUCUGGCUAGAAAAUCUCAAGAUGAUGAUAAUAAUGGGAGUAAUCGGACUCAUAAUAAUAGGUAUUCUGUAUGUCCGGUACAGUGGAGGCGACACCCCGGCGGCGGUGCAGGCGGCACCAGCGCCAGCAGCGCCAGGCCCGGCUGCGCCAGUCGAGGGCACCCCACCUCCAGCACCCGCGGCUGGCAAAUAAUCCUAACGGAGACCCGUGCUCAAGAACAUGUAGCCAAAACGUGCUGUUAAUUAAAAUGAACAGGAUACUGCG